AUGACAGACCCGGCGUGCGUCGGCCAAGCCAAGAGCUUCGUCUCAAAUGGAGCGACUGCGACCAAUGGCAGAUUUAGAGCCAAAAUUCAUGAUGGGAAUUUUUUGUGCGGAACUGUGGCGUAUGUGCCUGAGCGCAAAACGAUAGUUUGA